UUACAUUCUUCAGCGUGUAUGAGAUGCCUACCUGCUGCGUGCAACGCUGCAGAUCGCGCUCUCUUCGCAAAGAGCCUGGAGUUUCAUUCCAUUCGUUUCCAAAAAAACCCACAGCUAAGAGCAAAAUGGAUCGAGGCCUUGGGGAAAGACGUGAACUGGGUGCCGCCAGAGUGGAGCCGGGUUUGCUCGAAGCACUUUCACCCAGACGACUUCGUCCAAACGCAGUCUCUCGUCCGACUUCGUCCAUGUGCAGUUCCCAGAUUUUUCCCACAACAUGAGCAUGCUGGAACCACAAGUGGGGCUGAAGCUACAGUGGAAGGCACAAUGGACAUCCCUACUGAAGACAGCACCCUGUCACACAUUUCACAAGUGCCCCAUGUAGAAGAGGUUGCUUCUACAUCAUUCGCAACACCACUGCAAACACAGGGGCGAGCCAUAGAGACUAGCUUUGAGCUGCUGUGGGACCCUCUCACCACUAUGGAAAUGGAAGUGGAUAGUUGCAGUCCUUCCACGGAACACCUCCCUGUUGAGCUGGUGUACCAAAUGAGCCAGGUAGUGGCUCCACCAUCACUGAUGAACCUCGUGACACAAAAGGGCACGUCACCAAUUCCCUGUGACUCUCUGGUUGACAUGCAGGCGGAGAGUUCUAGUUCUGUGAUGGGAGGUGCACCCUCUGUGGAGCAAGUUCAACAGGAAUCCCCCGUGCUAUCACAAGAAUACAUGGAGGAAAAGGAACAGCACGUUUCUGAACUCCUGUGGGACCCUCUUGUCAGCGUGGACACUGAGGAAGCUGAAGGACCACGAGAGGUACAUAGUACUUCUGCUCUGACAAAGGAAAACAGUGUAGAGCUCCCCUUAACUUCACUUGGGGUAUCAUCACCUCCCUAUGCCAUGAUGACCUAGUUGUGCAUAUAUGCUCUUUCAUGUAAUGUGACGUAAGUGCCCUUGGAAACCACAGAAUAUAGUAGCCCUUACGCUCCCACAUUUGAAGUUUACUGUUGAGUGCUGUCGUAAUGGGGUCCCAAGUAGAGUUCUCAGAGUACAUGUGGCUUUCUGAAAGGGCACCACAUGCAAAUUUCAUGCAAAUUUUACACAUUACAAUUUAUUUGAGCAAAUGGUAACUCUAGGGCACAAGUGGAUCUGCACUCGAGGAAGACUCAUCCUCUGGUUCUGGAAACCAUGCAAGUCAGGUUGAAGAGGAAAGAUUUACUUCCCUCCCUGGCCCUUCUACAAGUGCGCAAAAGUUAUGGGUAAGCUCAGUCCCGUGUGUAGGUGCUGCAGACACACAGCUGCUAGCAUUACGCAGUCAUUCGUCGUUCGGCAAAAGCCCCGGAUCCUUCUGUCUUGCAUGGUGUGUAAUUUUAGGUUACAGAGCAGGUGCAUAUAGCCGCAUCUGCAUUUAAAUCUAUCCAUACUGAUUCUCUUCUCACAUGGCAGAAUGUGCAUGCAUUUUAA